GUGAUGUAUUCUGGUGAUUCAGACAGUUGGUGAUGUCACAAAAGACUCAGACAACUUGGCUUUCAGGUUCCCAGAUGCCUGGGGAAACACACUCACCAUGAGCAAAUACUCGCCCCUCUCUGCUCAUCAUGCAUAUGCUGAGAUGCUUUUUGUUCUUCCUGCUGUGCACUACUUUAGGAUAUGCCUUUAUGUUCUCUUCUCUGAGAGAAAAAGCCAAAGAACCUGCCGGUGAUGUGCCUUGCGGAGGCCACUUUCGGAUAAGGCAGAAUCUAUCUGACCAGGCCAAAGGCUGGCUUGGGAGCAAAUGGAUCUGGCUGUUGUUUGUUGGACUGCUCUAUGCUGUAGUAAGAUUCCGAGGGGAAGGUGACAAAAAUAAGGAUAAGGAUCCAAACAGUGGAAACUGUUUGUACCGCCCUCUACAAAAGAAAAAUCAGAAUGCUGCCCCUAACAAAGACUAUGCACUGAAUACCUUAACCCAACUGGAGAUGGAUCUGGUGACAUUUGUGUCUAAAGUGCGAAGUCUCAAAGUGGCCAUGGCAACUGGGAAUUCCCUCAAGCUUCCAGACUCAGAGGUCCCUUCAGAUCCACACAACAAUAUUACGAUAUAUGAAAUAUGGGGAGAAGAUGACUCUGACUAGAUUGGUUUGGAUGUAAGAGAGAGAAAAAAAGUCAAAUGAUUGACAAACACUAUACAAACUAAUAAACUAUUCCCAAGAAAA